AAAAGGGGCAGAAGUAGUUAUGUUCUUUGAUUCCAAAGCCAGUAUUGUAACUCGUCAUUUAGCCCUCCCCUGAGAUCACGGAAGUAUCCAGCUCUUGUCCUACACAACUUUUUAUCCUCGAACAAAGACUUUGAGUUUCGAAAAAAAUAAUUUAAGGCAAACACUGUCUUUGUCUAUUUGCUUUGAGAAAUAAUUUGUCAGAGUAUCUGCUCUGUGCCAACAAGACAGAGCACAACUGAGAUGGACCAACUUCAGGCUUCUACCUAGUGGCCUGGAAAUUCCAGUGUUUUUAUUGGCGGAGGCCAUUCAUUUCUGAUUAAAAGCUGUCUAGAAAUCCGACUCCUCAACCCAAAGGAACCCACAGAGUACCAUGGCCAGGCGAGUUGCAGUGAUUGGAGCUGGUGUGAGUGGCCUGUCCUCCAUCAAGUGCUGCUUAGAUGAGGACCUGGAGCCCACCUGCUUUGAGAGAAGUAAUGACAUCGGGGGACUAUGGAAGUUUACUGAAACUUCUAAAGAUGGGAUGACCAGGGUCUACAGAUCAUUAAUGACAAAUGUCUGCAAAGAAAUGUCAUGUUAUAGUGACUUCCCCUUCCAAGAAGAUUAUCCCAAUUUCAUGAACCAAGGAAAAUUUUGGGACUAUCUCAAAGAAUUUGCUGAGCACUUUGACCUUCUGAAAUACAUUCGGUUUAGGACCACGGUGUGCAGUAUAACGAAGCGUCCAGACUUCUCUGAAACCGGUCAAUGGGAUGUUGUCACAGAGACCGAGGGGAAGCAGGAACGAGCUGUCUUUGAUGCUGUCAUGGUUUGCACCGGACAUUACCUGAAUCCCCAUUUACCUUUGGAGUCCUUUCCUGGUAUUCAUAAAUUUAAAGGCCAGAUCCUGCACAGUCAGGAGUACAAGAGCCCAGAAGGCUUUCAAGGCAAGCGCGUGUUAGUGAUCGGUCUUGGGAACACUGCAGGGGACGUGGCAGUGGAGCUGAGUCGAACGGCAGCUCAGGUACUUCUCAGUACCAGAACUGGUGCCUGGGUUCUCCACCGCUCUUCAGUUGGGGGCUACCCACUUACUAUGGUGAUUACAAGAAGAUACCUUAAUUUUAUUGCACAAGUUCUGCCCUCGUGUGUACUAAACUGGAUUCAAGAGAGGGAAUUGAAUAAAAGAUUUAACCAUGAGAAUUAUGGAUUAAGUAUUACAAAGGGGAAAAAAUCAAAAUUCAUUGUGAAUGACGAACUGCCAACCUGUAUCCUUUGUGGGACAGUCACCAUGAAAACCAGCUUGAAGGAAUUUACAGAAACCUCUGCUCUCUUUGAAGAUGGAACAGUGGAAGAAAACAUCGAUAUUGUGAUCUUCGCUACAGGAUACACAUUUUCUUUUCCCUUUCUUGAAGAACCUCUUAAAAGCCUUUGUACAAAGAAGAUAUUCCUGUACAAACAGGUCUUUCCUUCAAACCUAGAGAGAACAACACUAGCUAUCAUUGGCCUCGUCAGCCUUAAAGGAUCCAUCUUAGCGAGCACAGAGCUCCAAGCACGCUGGGCCACAAGAGUAUUCAAAGGACUCUGUAAGAUACCUCCAUCCCAAAAACUGAUGGCUGAGGCUACUAAAAAGGAACAACUCAUAGAAAGGGGUGUGAUGAAAGACACCAGUGAAGACAAACUUGAGUUCAUUCUGUACCUGGAUGACCUUGCUGCAUGCAUAGGCGCAAAGCCCAGUAUCCCUCUUCUGUUCCUCAAGGAUCCCAGGCUAGCUUGGGAAGUUUUCUUUGGACCCUGUACUCCUUACCAGUACCGCCUCAUGGGCCCUGGAAAAUGGGAUGGAGCCAGAAACGCCAUCCUGACCCAGUGGGACAGGACGCUGAAACCCUUAAAAACUCGAAUCAUUCCCGAUUCCACCAAGCCUGCCUCCAUGUCACAUUAUUUAAAAGUUUGGGGGGCACCUAUCCUCCUUGCCUCUCUUCUACUGAUCUGUAAAUCUUCGUUUUUUUUGAAAUCGGCGCCAGAUAAUCUACAGGAUAGAAUUUCCCCUUAUCUAAUAAGUAUUUGGUGAGGAUGAAUGAUUCAUUAUAAAAGCUGUCCCUAGCCACAUUAAUUCUAUCUCCAAAUAUUUUGUGCAUUCCUCCUCUCCUUUCCAUCUUAACUGCUAUCAUCCAAGUUCAGGUCCAGUCAUCUCUUAUCUGAAUUAUUAUACUGUCUUCCUCUUUGGUCUCAGUGCCUCCUUUCUUGCCUCCUUUUCCAUCCAUAUUCUACUCUGCUACCUAAGCAACUGUUCUAAAAUAAAAAUAUUGUCACUGUUUCCAUCAAGAUCUUGAUAGGAAUAAGAUGACACUCAAAUUAGGUAAUUUGUGGACAUUUUAAUAUGGAGGUGAUUACAAAAGGUUUGAGCAGAAUGUAGGGAAAUCCUAGGGAUAAUAAAAUACUCCCAGACUGGUAACAAUGAGGUAUUUUUACCACUCCUAGGCCUAAUGAGGCAAGAGGAGAAAACAAUUAUGAAUGAGAGAGAGACUUCUUUGUGAAGAGGGCCACCUCUCAAGAGUUAUGACCUUCAGAUGACAGAGGAAGGCUGUCUGUGGUAACCCCAAAGUACAGAGCUUGGGAAUAAAUUCUCUAACUUUAUUUUCUUCCCUCCCUCUCAUCCCCUGUCCAUGCUCCCCAAUGGCCUAACCCAACCAAAACUCAAAGGGCAAGGUUGCCGACUAUUGUAGAUUGAAUCAUGUCCCUUCAAAAAGAUAUAUUCAAGUUCUAACCCCUGGUACCUAUACCUUAUUUGGAAAUAGGAUCUUUGCAAAUGUAAUCAAUUUAAGAUGAGCUCAUGCUGGAGCAAGAUAAGCUAGAUCCCAUAUGACAGGUGUCCUUAUAAAAGGAGAAGACAGACAGAGACAUGGUAGAAAAUGGCAUGUGAAGACAGGCAGAGGUUAGAGUGAUGGACCUACAAGAAUCACCCAGCAAACAAACACUGGCAGCCAGGGGAGAGGCAUGAACAGAUUCUCCCUCAGAAACUCCAGAGGAAACCAACCCUGCUGACACCUCGAUUCCAGACUUUUAGCCUCCAAAACUGUGAACGAAUAACCCACUUGGGACACUUCGUUUUGGCAAUCCUAGGAAACUAACACACGGACUGAUGUCAUCCAUGGAGGUCAGCCUUUGAAAGUACAGACUGAGCAGACAAUGGAGAGCAUAUGAAAAGGAUCCAGUGCAGACAUAUUGCUUUCCAGUUUAAAAUCCCUGAAAAUGUCUCUUUGAUCAGAGAUAAUGGUCCAAAUUCCUUAGCCUGGAAAAGGAGACCCUUUGUGAUCUGAGCCCAUUUGCCCGAUCUCCAGAAACCCCCAGCCUCACUUCAAACCUCCCAACCAAUACUACCAACCCCUGAACUGUGCCAUACCUCCUCACUUUGGCGCAAGCUCUUGCCUCCGCUGGGAACUCCAACUCCAACUGUCUUUCGAGAGACACUCAAGUAUCUCCCUCUGUGAAGCCUUCCCUGAAGCCUUCACUGCUUUGUCAUUGCCCUUUCUCACUGUAGCAUAUAGUUGAUCCUCGAACAUCACGGGUUUGAAUGGAAUGGGUCUAUUUAUGCGUGGAUUUUUUUUCUCAGUGACUACAGUAGAGUCCCGUAAAUGUAUUUUCUCUUCCUUAUGAUUUCCAUAAUAACAUUUUCUUUUCUCUAGCUGACUUGAUUAUAAGAAUACAGUCUAUCGUACAAAUAACACACAAAAUACGUGUUAAUUGACUAUGUUUAUCAGUAAGGCUUCCGGUGAGCAGUAGGUUAUUAGUAUAACUGUACUGUUAAGUUUGGGGUAAAUCAGAAGUUAUUCAGAUUUUUGGCUGUGCAGGGGUGCACUGUUUAAGGAUCAACUGGAAUAUUCUUUUUGAAUCUGUCUCCUAACAAAUGGUGAGUUACUGAGAGGAACCAUAUCUUGUUCAUUUAAAACACUGCCUGAUGCAAAGUACUGCUAAAUAAAUGAUUGCUGAUUUAA